UAGUGCAGGGUCGCCAUCUGGGCCGCCAUCUGGGCCGCCGCUCCAGCCGCCCGCCUUUAACGCCAGCGUAGGUCUGGGUCCCACGGUACAUGCUAGCACAGCUCCCACGCGACUCAGCCCACACUCGGCGUGCGGAAGAUCCGACGCCUGCUGACUGGCGCAAACGAUCUGUCGGUGGCCUGAUCUGCCGGCUUGGAGGGAAAAGCGUAAAGAAGGAAAGUGGCUGUUUGUAAACGGCAAUACUAGGUCCACUGCCCGGCAUCCGGCGCGUGGUGACACUCGCGACAUCCAGACGGCUUCUCCCAGCCCGCGCUGAGCACAAGCCAACAAGACCAUCAGCCUGGGGGUUCAAGAAGCUUGGAAAAGGGGGGGUGUCUUGAGGUGGUGACGCGACAAUGCCGGCUGCUGUAGCAUCCCACUGGAGGGAACGGCAACAGCGGGUGUUCCAGUCCGUCUUCCAGACGGAUGUCGCUCAGCCCACGCCGCAGUCUACAGCAAGCAACCUGUUUCCGGAACUUGGACAGCCAUGCGACAGACCCGCCGCGUCCUUGCUUGAUCAGCAAAAACAUACCCCCUCAAGCCGUGGCCACCCUAUCAGAGAAGAAGGCUCUUUUCAAAGAAAGGUUCUUGAUCCCUCCCUUCACACAGCCUCGCAGCCACCCCUUCCCUCCGCUGCAAUAGCAACAUCAGACGACCAGGCAGCUUAUGACCGCGCCUGGCACAUCGUAACCGCCCACAUCGCCCUCCCAUCAUCCGCCACAGCCGACAACUCGUUCCGCUCCUCCCCGAUCCCCACCACCACUACUACCAAUGCCAUCAGUCCUGCCCCUGAGUUGCAGCAGCAGCAGCAGCAGCAGCAGGCAUCGUCCAGAAGAAGACGCGGCCGGGACCGGGACGUUACCACCUCCACCUCCGCCUCCGCCUCCUUGGUUCCAGACCCAGGCCUAGGCAGCAGUGACUUCUACGAGGCCUUUGCCCUCCUCGUUAACGCACGCGCCCUGCUGCCCCAUGCCACCCGCACCGACGACAUCCUGGCUUGGCACGUCCGCAAGGUGCGCGCCCACUUUGCCCAGCACGUGAUCCCCCUUUUGGCGGGAUGCGCCGAUGAGGUCGGUGAUGGUCUUGAUGAUGAGUCUGGGGAUGGCGAUGCCGGUGACAGCGAGGGGCGGGGGGGUGAACAAGGCAGGGUUCAAGGCAGCCGCCGUCGGCAGAUAGGGAGGAAGGAGAAGGGGAAAGGGAAGGGACAUCACUACGAGAAACACAUGGUGAUCGUCAUGACCAGUAUUCGAAUGCUCGAGUCUGCGCUACGGCUCUAUUUCUGCGGCAUGGACCAGCUGUUGUCGGGGUUUGCCCGCCUAGCGGAUGUCGCCCCGGAUGCUGCUAGGGAAGCCCAGAUGAUCAAUGCUCGUUUUCGUCGGGACCUCCAUGCCCUUAUCAGUGGCUCGGUACCGAAGGGGUUGAUGAGGUCUGUCAAGGCCGUCCUUGUACGUCUUGCAAGCACGAUCCUUGGCAUUCCCACUCGGGACGAGUCUCGUGCGGAUGGCGAGCCAGCAGCGCGGCCGGCGGCCCCAGGCCCGGACGACUUAAAAGUCCAGGCCGCCAGGGAGCGGCUGAUUGAGCUGGUCCAGCAGCUCCGCAAUGUGGGUUUGACUGGCGAGCGCUUCCAAGUCUUGUUUGCGGAGGUCAUGGACGCCUUGAUGUCCGAGUUCGUCGUCGGGGCUUACGCAGGUCUCUGGUCUGCACCUGACGCUCGCUCGUUCUCCGCCACCAUGGACACGAUAUCGCGGGGCGCCGCGCAAUCUGUGGCGUCGCCCUGCAUCGCGUCUCUCAGCGACUGGGUUGAGAACCACUUUGCACGACUGAGCUUUGAGGUGCUGGCUUGCAUCGCGGUCAACCCCCAAGGGACGUUGCCAGUGACCCUGGCCGACCUCAAGACGUACCAGUCCCUCGCCCUCGGCCGUCUGGCAACUCUGCGUAUUAGGGAGUUGUUCGACAUCGUCUUGGCGUGGCCGGAGUCGCGCCCGGCUCUCGACGACCUUCGUGCCACUGUUACGACCUCCGCUCGCCGGAAGCAGUUAACGGAUAGCUUCUCUCGCGAUCUGCAGACACGCCUGCUGCAUCCGGGCUGCAGCACGCUCGAGAUCCUGCGAACCUACAUCUCCAUCAUCCGUACGCUGUACGCUCUCGACCCCAGCAAGGUGCUCCUGAGCCGGGUUGAGCCGGGUCUCCGGCUCUAUCUCUGUCAACGGGAGGACGCUGUUCGCGUAGUUGUGGCAGGCCUGCUCGCCAGCCGGGAGGAGAUGCGUGAAGCGAGGAAAGCAAGGGAGGUCCGGAAGGGGCAGCGCGAGGACACCCGCCCAGACGACGCCGCUGGCCAGUUCCACGACCUCGAAGAAGCCGCCAACAACCCCUUCGGCACUUCGGGUUCCUUCGGAACCACUCCCCGCGAGCAGACUCUCGAAACAGAGGUCGCCUCCGGUUAUGCUACAAAAACAACCUCAGCUCCCGCCAAAGACGUCCGCCACCCGACAAAGCUCGUCGAGCUCGCCCUCUUCCUCAACAACGACCCGUCCAUCCAACCCCAAUCCCGCAGCAGCCGCGCCGCACCAGCACCAUCCUCCGACGAUGCGGACCUGGAUUGGAACGACCUCUCCUGGUUGCCCGACCCCAUCGACGCUGGCGCAAACUACAAGCGGCCGAAGCGCAGCGAAGACGUCGUCGGCACGCUCAUCUCGGCACUCGGCAGUCAGGACGUCUUUAUCAAGGAGUUCUCCGCCGUCGUUGCCGAGCGGCUGCUGGCUCCGGCAGACGCCGAGCAGCGCUUUGAGCAGGAGCUACGCGUGCUUGAGCUACUCAAGCGCCGCUUCGGCGAGGCCAGCCUGCAGGCGUGCGAUGUCAUGAUGCGAGACGUGCUCGUUGACUCGAGGAGGGUGAACGCCGUCAUCUCUGGGGGAGCUGGGCGUGCCGCGGCUGCGCGGAAGGGGAGGGAGGCUGCUGCUGCUGCUGCUGUUGCUGCUGGUCCUGGCGCGUCCACUGGCGGUGGAGCGGGCCAGGAGGAAACGGAAUAUCAUGCUCGGAUCCUGUCGAGGCUGUUCUGGCCCGGUCUAGAGCGAGAGCAUUUCCUGCUACCCGCACCUGUUGUUGAGCGGCAGCAGAGGUAUGAGGCGGGGUACGAGGGGCUCAAGUCGCGGCGGAAGUUGACGUGGUUGAACCAAUUGGGUCAGGCGAGGGUCGAGAUUGAGCUGCGGGAUCGGACCCUCACGGUGGAUUGCAGCCCGGCCGAGGCGACGGUCGUGUAUGCUUUCCAGACGGAUGACGGUGCUACUGGCGAGGAUGGUAAUAAUGAUGAUGCUGAUGAUGGUCCGGUGGUGCAAAAGUCGGUGGAGGAACUCUACGAGCAGCUCCAGAUGGACGAGGAUCUGAUCACAGCUGCGCUGCAGUUCUGGGUCGGCAAGGGCGUCCUUCGCCGUGUCGGGGGAGCAAGCAGCAGCACUUACGCCGUCGCCGAGACGCUCAGGGAAGAGCCGGACCCUGCUGCCACCGCUGGAGGCCCAACCACCGAACCUGCCGCAGCUGAUCAGGCCAUGGAGGAAGAGCCCACUGCUGCCACAGCGGCCUCUAGCCAGGCCAUGUCGGCAAAGGAGCGCGAGCGUCGCGAGAUAUACUGGCGCUACAUCCAGGGCAUGCUUACCAAUGCUAGUGCGACUAUGCCGCUCACACAGAUGGCCAUGAUGAUGAGGAUGCUGAUUACCGACGGGUUUCCCUGGAGCGACGAGGAGCUGCAGGACUUCUUGGCAGAGAAAGUUGCCGAGGGGCUGAUGGAGCUUGUUGGGGGAAAGUAUCGGCUUGUUAAGAAGUGAAAGCCCAUACGCCCCUCUUCGUCGAGCUAGGAGAGAUUAUCCUGCCACCC